AUGAACUUCAGCAGGGACGUGGCCCGACAGACCAGUUGUUAUACGUAUGUGAUAGAGGAUGAAGAUUCAGCUCUGGCAAACCUUAAUGUAUUCGAGUUGGCUGAGAAGGGUGACCUGGCUCUCCUGGAGAACCUGGUGAAGAAGAACCCAGAGGUCCUGAGUGAGAAAGAUGAAUGUGGAGCUAGUCCCCUCCAUCAUGCUGCCGCAGGGGGCUACAUCACCCUUAUCCAAUUCAUCACUACUGUCAUAGACUCACAGGAGCUGAACAGCUCUGAUGAACAGGGCAAUGCGCCCCUACACUGGGCAGUGGAGAGGAACCAGGCAGAGAGCUGCAGGGCUCUACUGGACCUGGGGGCCAACCCCAACAUCCUCAACAUGGCCCUCAUGUCCCCUCUGCACCUGGCUGUCAACCACGGACACAACAACCUGGUGGAGCUGCUGCUGUCCUACAGUGCUACAGACAAGAAUCUACAGGGAGACCUUGGGAACACCCCGGUGAUACUUGCCUGCUCCGUCAAUAACUGUGAGGCUCUCAACAUAUUGCUAAAGCAUGGAGCGAAGCUUUGCCAACAGAACAAGCUCGGCCAUUUCCCCAUCCACGCAGCUUCCUUUGCAGGUGCUAAGAAAGCCAUGGAAGUGAUCCUGAAGUUCGGAGAGGAUUUUGGCCACCGAAGUGAAUUACACAUCAACUAUUUAGACAAGUCCAGCAGCAGCCCCCUUCAUCUGGCUGUACGUGGUGGGAAUAUGGAGGCCAUCCGUCUCUGCAUUGCUACUGGGGCCAAAGUUGACCAGCAACAGAAUGACAGGUCCACACCGCUUCAUUUGGCCUGCACCCAGGGUGCUACUGAGGUAGUCAAACUGAUGCUGUCCUCCUUUGACCAAGUGGAAGACAUCAUUAACCUAACUGAUGGGGCGUGUCAGACCCCUCUACACAGGGCUACAAUAUUUGACCACGUAGAGCUGGCAGAGUACCUAAUUUCUUUGGGGGCAGGCCUUAAUUGCAUUGAUUGUAAAGGAAACUCUCCCUUGCUGCUGGCUACGAGCUGUGGAGCAUGGAGAACUGUGACUCUGCUACUGUCAAAAGGGGCAAAUGUAAAUGUGAAAGACAGAUGCGGUUGUAACUUCCUUCACCUGGCCAUUCUACAGCCUAAGGGUCUGAAAAACCUCCCACAAGAAGUGCUGCAGCAUAACAAUGUGAAGGCAUUGCUCAGCUGUGAGGAUAAUGAAGGCUGCACCCCACUCCACUACGCUUGCAGACUGGGUAUCCAUGACUCAGUGAAGAACAUGUUGGGCCUCUCGGGGCAGAUCGGCCUCGCAUGCAAGUCCAAGGACAAGAAGUCUGCACUGCACUUUGCUGCCCAGUAUGGGCGCAUCAAUACAUGUCACAGAUUACUGGAGACCAUCACAGACUCCCGUUUGCUAAAUGAAGGUGAUGAGCGAGGCCUGACACCCCUGCAUUUGGCUUCAAAAGAGGGGCACACCAAGGUUGUGCAGCUGUUGCUGCGCAAAGGAGCUCUCUUUCACAGUGAUUAUAAGGGCUGGACUUGUCUGCACCAUGCUGCAUCGGCAGGGUACACACAAACUAUGGACAUUCUCCUGUCUGCCAAUCCCAAGUUAAUGGACAAAACAGAUGAGGAUGGGAACACUGCGCUUCACAUCGCAGCGAGAGAGGGACAUGUGGCUGCAGUCAAGCUCAUGCUGACUCGGGGAGCAGAGCUCAUCUUAAACAAGAAUGACACGUCGUUCCUUCAUGAAGCUCUGCAGAAUGGGAGGAAAGAUGUGGUCAACGCCGUAAUUGACAGUGACAAAUGUGCUGAGGCUUUGAGACUGUUCAACGUUGGCUCCAUCCAGCGAUGUCCUAUACUAGAAAUGAUUGAGUUUCUUCCUGAGACCUACAAGCACCUACUGGACCGCUGUGUGAGAGAAUCGGAUGAGGAUCACAACAGUUGUGACUACCAUAUUGAAUACAAUUUCACAUGGCUCCAAGCUCCCAUUGCAACAAAGAAGUUAACUGACAAGACCAUGAGGGUUCAGCCGCUAGCUGCACUCAACGCGAUGGUGAAGUAUAACCGCAUUGAACUUCUCAACCACCCUGUCUGCAAAAAGUACCUAGCGAUGAAGUGGAUUGCUUAUGGGAGCACGGCUCAUUUGCUCAACAUGUUUUUUUACCUGUUAGGCCUGCUACCCCUGACUCACCUGAUAGUGACUCUGAGGCCCACCUUUAACACCACUACCGUGGGCAAACACACUAUCACCAUGGUGCCCAUAUCUUUCAUAGAGCAAAGUACGUUCCUGUCCGUCUGCAUGGUGAUGGUCUUGGUCAUGAACAUCUAUGCCAUAGCAAAAGAGGUGGUGCAGAUGUCGCAACAGCGUUGGAAUUACUUCAAGGACUUUUCCAACCAGUCUGACUGGUUUACAGCCAUCCUCUCUCUUUUGUUCAUCAUUCCCAUCAUGCUCAAUGUAAGGGGUUCUUUACACUGGCAAGCAGGGGCACUGGCAGUUUUAAACUCCUGGGUUGGAUUUCUCUUUUAUAUCCAGAGGUUUGAGCGCGUUGGCAUCUAUGUUGUGAUGUUCUGGGAGAUCAUGAAGACACUGGUCCGCAUUGUAAUGCUCUUCUUGUACCUGAUGUUAGCAUUUGGUUUGGCGUUCCAUGCUUUGAUGCUGAACCAGAAAGAGUUUGACAGCGUGCCACUCUCAGUGAUACAAACCUUUGUGAUGAUGGUCGGGGAACUGAACUACCAAAAUAACUUCCUGGACGCUUAUCUGAAGAAUGAGCUCCCUUUUGGUUUCUUGACUUAUUUAAUUUUUGUGAAUUUUGUCCUGCUCAUGCCAAUCCUGCUGGUGAACCUGAUGAUUGGUUUAGCAGUUGGAGACAUUGCUGAAGUACAAAGAAAUGCCGCCCUAAAAAGAAUAGCCAUGCAGAUUGAACUCCACACCGCUCUCGAAGACAAGCUGCCUUACUGGUUUGUGAAACGAGUCGACAAAAGCUCCAUCACCGUCUACCCCAAUCGCAAAUGCUCCAAGCACUUCAUAAGGCAACUAUUCACAGGUGAUGAUGAGACAGAUGAAGUCUGGAGUCGUCUGCAGGCUAAAUCACAGAGGUGCCCUGCAAUAGAGAAUGAGCUCACAAAGCAGAAGUACAGGAUGAAGGAGAUGUCGAGCACGCUGGAGAAGCAGCACAACCUCUUGAAGCUCAUCAUCCAGAAGAUGGAGAUCACCUCGGAGGCCGACGAGUACGAUGGCCCUGUGAACGUCAGAGGAAGCAUGUGGCCAAGAUUGAGUCAGGCUAAACCAAAAGUACACAAUGUGUCUCGGUGGGUCCCCCUGAUGAAGGCCAUCGAGUCCAAGAGAAAAUGA